UCAGAGGUUUCCUGCUAUGAAGUUCCAUAUUUUCGUCGACAUUUUGCUUAAAUUCUUUGUGGGAUUUCAGGCACCAUGGAGUACGUGGGAUUUAGGCUCUUAUUUGUUUUGGUGUUGGGUGCUAUCUGGGCUUGUGAUGCUGGACGACUGGGGAAAGCUGAGUUGUAUAGGAUUAGUGAGAAUGGAAGGAUCAUUUCUGAUGAUGAUAUUACCGGUAAACUUUUAUGCUCUAUCUACUUCCUUGAACCAACCGAUUUUAUAAACAUGUCGGCAAAUUGAUUGAUCAUGUCGGCAAUAAACGUUUAGGUUCAGUUAUGCAUGAGAUCAACUACCUGGAUGAAGAAAUCAAUAUCCCCGUUUUGGAACAUGUUUCGAGGAAGGCCAAAGGGUGCAGAUUGUGUGAGGAGUACAUGACCCAGACACUCGAUUACCUUGCAGAAAACAAGACCCAGGCUAUGGUCUUCGACAACCUCCAUGAUCUCUGCUCUGGGACAGGCUCUUUGAGACAAGAGUGCAUCACUUUGGUGGACCAUUAUGUUCCGAUCUUCUUCUUAGAGGCAUCCUCUGUACAACCUGAAGAAUUCUGCCGAGGAUACCAUCUUUGUCAACAAUUUGAAAUGGGUUCUCAAAUUGACGAAAUUACAGAUGGGAUUUGCAAACGUGCUGUUUCUAGUUUACUUUCUGAGUUGAAAGAUCCUGAAUCUCAGCUACAGAUCAUCCAGUCGCUAUUUCAGGCAUGCAGGUUCUCUAAUUCCGUGGAGAACCAUGCAGUAAAGUGCAAGAGGAUGGUGUUGAUGUAUGGACCUCAGCUCCUAGCCGAAGCAGUGAACUUUCUGGAAACAUCGGACAUGUGCUCCACCCUUGAUGCCUGCAAAUUUACAGCAAGAAGCAUGGAAAUAUCUGUGCCCCAUCAAGAACAAUCACUUGAGAAACUUGAUUCUUAAGCAAGUUUUUAACUAUGGCUGCAAAAAAACAAGUGGAAUAAAAAUGCCCAUGCAGGCUUGAUAUUUAUAUAGUUUUAUUUCGAGGCAAUACUAUAUAUUAUGACAUCAUGGUGCUUUUGA